AUGGCUUCGUUCGAUGAUUUGGCAUUUAUAAGACCACCAGACGACAAUACUACAGCAUCUCUCGAGUUUUUCUGCAGAGAUUGCAACGAGGUCUCUCAGACAAGGACGCCAGAUGGAAGGAGAUGCUUGAUUUGCGGCUGUGUGCUAGAGCGUCGGUAUCUGACAGAAGCGAAUGAACGGGUAAUGCCUAAUGCUGUGUUUGGUAGCCGUGCAGCUAGUGUAGAAGAACUACAGACGAUGGUGAUGCGACUGCUAUCGCAAAUUGGCGAUGACUGGAAUGGUGGAGACGCAGACGCGCGUCGACCUGCGUCUGACGAAGCUGUGAAAAAUCUCGGAUCAUUUUCAGCCGAUCAAGCGUCUACGAUUGAAGUAGCUAUUGUCGUGAAGGGAAUCAAAGGCGAGGCGAUUGCGAUUCCCGGUAACUUUGGCCCGUGCGAAUCUCUUAAAGAGCGUAAGGUAAUCCUCGCUGAUCCUUUUGAUGGUGCCCGAGCGUUCCAAAAUAGUGACGACAUGAAAAACAAGAUUGUAGUGAUGGCACGGGGAGGCUGCACGUUUGCGCAAAAGGUUCUUCGAGCUCAAGCCGCGGGUGCUGCAGGGGUGAUCAUCAUCCAAAAUGUCGAUGUAUGGCCAUACACGAUGACAGAUUCAACUGGUGAAAGCAAAAACGUGAUAAUUCCAGCCUUUAUGAUGAGCGCAAAAGUUGGCGAAGGAUUUGCGACUUUCAUUCGUACUCAAAGUGAAGAGGACAUCUUGGCCAACGUAAUUGUGCGGAAAAAUGCUCGUGAGUGCGUAAUUUGCCAAGGAGAGAUGGUGAUCGGUGUACAAGUUACGCGAAUGCCGUGUCAGCAUAUGUUUCACACAACAUGCCUGCAUGAAUGGCUGCAAAUUGGCAAUUCGUGUCCAAUUUGCCGUGUCAAGAUCGCGGCCAAGCGCAACGCUGACAAAAGGUUAACAACUUCGCAAAACGCGCAGCAACGUGGUGAUUUUGCGUGGAGUGAGUGGUUUUCCUAG